CUCAUUCUUGGUUUCCUUAGUGCCCCCAUGACUAGGGCCAAUGCCAUGUGCUAGACUGCACUUGCAGAUCCACAGGUUGGCCACUUUUUUGACAGGUCAACCAUGACUGUUCGGUGGGGCAAUCUAUAAAGCAUACUGGUGGCUACCAAGGCAAUGUUCGCAUUGGAAGCACCUUCCGGACAAACCAUGUCUCAGACAGAAGUGGAUUUAAGUUGUGGCAUUUCUUUUGCUUCAGAUCUACUAGAAGACCCGGAGGAGUUGUCCUCCCUUGCAGCCAUAAGGAGGAGAAGACUUUCGGGCAAGGAAGGAACCAGACGGAACUCUUACCAGUUCAACAGGAGAAGCUCUGCUCAACUGGAACUAUUGGGUUACGACCCACCAGGGACUUCUUUCCCCUCAUGGUCCCCAGCGCAGCCAUCAUCUCUAGAAGAAAAAGCAGAGCCCGAUUCUCUUUCCAUAAGCCUUCCACCAUACAUCACCAAACAAGGUGUGCUGCCAUCUCCAGCCGCGCUGGUCAGUAUCGUGGACAUCAGUUCUGGAUCAGACGAUGAAGCCAACAGCCCCAAGUGUGCUUUAAUCCCCAUACAGAAACAUUUAGCGAUCGAAAGCAAGAGGGAGCAAGAAGAGAAUGAGGAAAAUGAGACAAAAGCUGUAGCCACCUCCCCAGAUGGGAGAUACUUGAAAUUUAACAUCGAGAUUGGAAGAGGGUCUUUCAAAACGGUGUACAAAGGUCUGGAUACUGAGACUACAGUGGAAGUGGCAUGGUGUGAACUUCAGUUCUGCUAUAAGUAUGUAGGGUAUAAAACCGGUCGCCCACUUCUCGUGUUAGACCUGCGUUACUGCCAGGACCUGUUGGCAAGUAAAAACAAGCACUCCAAUGCCUUACAGGACAUGGAGAUGUCAUUUGCAAUUGUUGACACUGCACACAAUGUAGCUGUGAAGGAUCAGCCAGGCCUGGAGCAGCAGACGGAGGCAUCUGUGUAA